UUGGAACGCAAUUAUAGAGCAAUCAAUCAGAUUGAAAGCAAUAACAAAUAUUUACCUAUUACUAUCUAAGAUUAAUUCGAAAAAAUACUGCUUACGUUCUGAUCAUAUCAUUAAUUAAAUUUAUAAUUGUUAAAUAAACAGCUAGUGACAAUCAAUUAUGUAAGGAUCAUCUCAAAAUUUUCGAUUUUUUACAGAGUAAUGAAGAAAUUUAAGUGAUUUAAUAAUAUAGAAAUAGUCGAUUCAUCUAUGUCAAGUGGAGUCGAACGCAAGAAAAAUCGCAAGGAUGAUGAGCGAAUAUCAGGACAUUUUGAAUACGGCGAAAAGAAAGUGUUACAAUAGCAAAACCAUCGAAACAAUCACUGGAAAAUUUUGCAAAUUAAUUUUCGACGGUAUCUUGUGCUGGCCUCCAACUCCCGCUGGAGUUUUAGCUAACCAAUCCUGCUCCAACGAAUACAUAAAAUGGACUAUAAGAAACAAUUAUGCCACUAAACAAUGUGACAAUGACGGCCAGUGGUUUGUACACGAGAAUUCAUCAAAAUCGUGGACUAAUUACAGCCAGUGUGGUAAUAUUUCUGAAUUUUACCCAAUUUUAGAUGAUUCUCUCCAAGACCACACACUGUAUAAUAAGUGGUUACCAGUUAUCAAAAAUAUUACUCAGUGUGGGUACAUUUUAUCAACAGUUUCAUUAAUUAUAGCUUUGUUUGUCUUCAUACGUAUCAAGAGAUUACAUUGCGCUCGAAAUAAGCUUCAUAUUCAUUUAUUUGCCUCAUUUGUAAUGAGAGCUUUCAUGUCUUUAAUAAAAGAUGGAUUAUUAAUCGAGGGAACGGCUUUACCUCAUGAAAUUAUUUAUGUCAAUGGGAAGCUAGUUUAUAACAAAACAAAUUUCUCUUGGGUUUGUAAAGCUAUGAUAAGUCUUUGGAACUAUUUCAUAAUAUCAAAUUACAUGUUUCUUCUGAUGGAGGGCGCAUAUUUACACAACUUGCUCUUUUUGAAAUUACUUUCGGAAAAUGGGGUUGUAAUUUAUUACAGUUUAGGGUGGGGAAUCCCCCUACUUUUCAUAAUACCGUGGAUAAUUUUAAAGGCCGGAAAUGAAAAUCUGUACUGUUGGACAACAAAAUCUAAUAAAUUCAUUGCCAUGUUGAUUGAUAUUCCUAUAGGACUUACAGUAGUUAUUAAUUUUAUUUUAUUUACAAUAAUAGUACGAAUACUCUUUGUGAAACUGACUUCGAUGUAUAUUCAGCAACGUUGGACCAAGUAUCAAAAACUCAUCCGUGCUAUUUUAAUUUUGGUGCCUCUGUUUGGGAUCCCUUAUACAAUUUCGUUCGUGUUAUCUUUUUACGCAAAGGAGGAUCAAACGUUUGAAAUCAUGUGGUUAUUUUUUGAUCAGACUUUUACAGCAUUUCAAGGACUUUUUGCCAGCUUAGUUUAUUGCCUCUUGAACAGUGAAGUUCAGCUAGAGAUAAUGCGAAAAUAUAACUCUUUCAAGGACAGAAAUCGGGAAUUUAACAGACGAAGUCGGACGAUAUCGCACACUCAACAAAUACCACUGACUGAAGAAUUGCAAGAAAUUCCACAAAGCGCCGGGAUUAAAGAUCAGCUGUAUAUUAACAAAACAAGUGAUUAUUUUUAAGUUUAUUUAUUGUAGCUUUAGUUCCACACACAAUAAACUUAAGUAAUUUAUU